AUGAUGUGCCGAAAAUCGUCGGCACCAAUGAGUACGAACCUCUAUCCCUUAACAGAAUUUGAUAACGAGAGUCCUGUUUUACCUUGUGAACAAACAAAUCACCCAUCAAGAAUGAAAGCCUUCAAAAGGCGAAGCUGUACCCUCAAUUACCUCUACAAAAAUGUCAUGGAUAAGAAACACUCCGCAGACAUAGUAUCGAUAGAACAUCUUGGCAAGGACCCGGCACCGAAUUCGAGAGCUAGCACUCCAAAAAGCUCACAAAAUUCAUCUAGAAUGAAUUCAUCCUCCACUUUGAGUUUGAGUUUAGCCGGCGAUUCCCGGGCACCAAAAACCCGAAAUCCAAUCAGUUUUUAUGAGAACGAUUUGAAUUUGACGCGUUUCUCAAGCAAUUCUAGUACAGUUGAUUUGCCCACUACAGGGCGCAUCAAGCUACCACGAAGAGCACAUUCUAGUCAGGAGAUCAAGAAGGUCAGCUCGUUUAAAAAUGAACCUAUUGGGAUAUCUGCGAGUAAUCCUGAUAUUAAAGAAGUUAUUACGAAGGCUGAGACACCCGGGAAAGAAUCUGAUGAUGAUGUCAGUAAGAUCUUAUGUGAUGAAAUAUCAACUGCUCUUAACGACGACAUUUUUGAGAAAGAAUUUUCCUUUGACAACAAGUGGGUCGAUGAUGAUGCAUUCAACUCUUUAAAAGAUCAUAGUGAUGUGAGUAGCUCUAGUCAUUCACCACUUACCGAUAGUGCUCUGAAGAGCUCAGCUAACCCCAUUUCACGCCGAGACUCUUUAAUUUUGCAAAAUUUUAAAGGAGACUUGAAUGCAUUGACUAAGAAGAAGACUCGAAACUCAAUCUCUAGCAAAAGCAACUCUAGCAGGCUGCAGCUGAGGUUGGACACUUUGAGGAUGAAAUCUGAAAGUACGCGAGAUACUCAGCGCUUUCACUCAGAUGUCACAAACACGGAUUCUGACACUCUUUUACGAUAUUGGACCACUAAUACUGACAUAAGGACUAAAUCAGUGUCCGAGGGUAUCAAUAGAGAACUCAAAUCUGUAACGAGAUGCAACUCCUAUUCAGGAAGACCGGGAGGUAAAAUGAUCGUCUCUAUGAUCAACCAGCUAUCUAUAGAAAAACAGGGUGAGAGUCAAAUGGGAAACAUUUCAUCAUCAUCACCAUCAGAAAGCACACUAAGUGCUCAUCCUGCAAUAAAAAACAUCAACUGUACCCAAAAUGAUCUCCUGUUAACAAAUUUCCUGGACGACAAUCUACACCGAAGAAAUAGCGAAGAUAUGUUCGAAGAUAAAGCGCUGACAUCAAUUGGUGACAAAGAGUUGCGUAGUUCUAUUGUCCGUGGCAGAAGCCAUAGUAAUAGAAUGUGGCUCGAAUCCGAGAGGCUUGAAUUCGAUUAG